AUGAUUAAGCCAAAGAAGACUUCUCGCGAACUAUGGAAUCAAUUAGGUUUACGUAAUCACAUUAAACAAGCUUUUGAAGAGAGAGAUACUAAUUGGGGUUAGAUCGUGGAUUCCAAUAAGAAAAAUCUAAGCCAAAGAUCUAUUUCAGAAUACACAAUCAACCAAAAAUUAAAAGAGCAACAUAAUUCCUUUCUCAAAAAUAAAGAGAAACCUAAUACCAAGACUUUUUUGGAAGAUUAAAUUGAAAAAGGGAAUUAAGACAAGGAUGAAUGGUUAUAAUUGGCAUUAAUAAAUGAAAAAUCCCAAUUGUCACCUAUAAACAAAAGAAAUUCCAAUGACCAAACUUUUUCUCCCAUCAAUAGACUGAAAAACGAAGAAUAAUAAUAAUAAUAUGCCAGCCAGCAAUAAUCAUUCUAAGUGUAAAUAGAAAAAACAAAUAUAUGCAAACUACCAGGCCACGAAAAUAAUUAAUAUAAAUUUAUCUGCAUAGACAAUGAUUGUCCAUAUAAAUUACAAAAAGCAUGUGCACAUUGCGUUAUCAAAAUGCAUACUAAACAUGUUAGCUAGAUGAAAGAAAUUGAGAAUUACGAACAUUUGAUUGAACAAAACAUUAAAAAAGCUGAGGAUUUGAUGGAUUAAAGUUAAGAAUUAUUCAAAACAAUCUAAAAGCCUUAUGAGAAUUACUUCCUCCAAAUUAAAAAUUAAAUUAUAGCUCUUAUCAAUGAUCUUCAAUAAAAACUGCUAUAAAUUAACAAGGAUUAAAUUCAUAAAAUGAUAAACAAUGAUAUCGAAGUUGUUUAGAAUAUCAAUUCAAAGUUUGAAGCCUACAAAUUGAUGAAUUAAUUGAUCCCUAAUGAAAUUAUUGAAGAGUAUACAAACAUCAUUAAUGGAAUAUCUGAAAAGAUUAAACUAAACAUUAAUUUUGACAUCAUUAACAGAUAAGUGGAAUCCUUUAUCAUGUCAAUCUUUAGUCCUGGAAAAUAAAAGGAAAAUAAAGAAUAAAAUGAUGACACCGAAUUAUUGCAAUAAUUUAUAUCAAGCAAUAGAGAUUCUAAUAAAGAGUCAAUUCUAAAACCAAACAAUUCAAUGACUUGUUGUUCUCAUUAGUCUCCUUUGCAAACCAAAAAACAAUUAUAAACAAAACUUGUUAUGGGAUCUGCUUCUCCGUUAAAUGUUUUCAAUCGUUAAAUCAGCGGAAGGUAAGUUACUAAAAUCAUCUAAACAUAACCAAUAAUCUACUAUAGAACAAACAGUUGA